CCAAAGGGUCACACUUUUAAAAGGAGAGAAAAUGUGUCCAUUUCCAUAGCCUUUGGAGAUUGCAAGGAGAAGGCAAUGGAGUCAUUGACCACAGAUUUAGAAGACUUUGAAAACUCCGAAACAGCCUCGUUUGUCUCCGGGAACUUCUUACUAUUUGAUCUCUUCCACUCUGACGUCCCUUAUUAAUUAUACCAAAAAUCCCAUUUUAUUUCUUCUUCGCUUGGAUUUCUGAACCACUUGACUGUUCAAAACAUACAGAAGGACCCAGAUCAGUUUCACAGCCAAAAAAACCCGAGACGCUGGGAUUUUAAUUCUUUUGAACAAGUAGAAAUCCUUAUACUUACGAAUUCUUUGAAGAUGGCUGGGGUGCAAGAUCAAUUGGAGAUCAAGUUUCGGUUGACUGAUGGAUCAGAUAUUGGCCCCAAAAGUUUUCCUGCUGCUACAAGUGUUGUAACCUUGAAGGAAAGCAUUCUUGCGCAAUGGCCUAAAGAGAAGGAGAAUGGUCCAAGGACUGUUAAAGAUGUCAAGCUAAUAAGCGCAGGAAGAAUAUUGGAGAACAACAGAACAGUUGGGGAGUGCCGAAGUCCAUUAUGUGAUGUCCCUGGUGGAGUUACAACUAUGCAUGUCGUUGUUCAACCACCUUCAUUGGAGAAAGAAAAGAAACUGAUGAGCGAACCGAAGCAGAACAAGUGCGUUUGUGUUAUAUUAUAACUUUUUCUCUUCAGAUAGUGGGGAUAACAUCAUUUUUCGGUAAAGAGGGUUGGAGCUAGUAAUGAAAAUGAAGUUGGUAAAAUUGCACAGAUUGAUUCAACUCGGUUGGAAUUAUGCAGGCUUGCUGUCAAAGGUCACAGUUUGGUGCAGGUCCAUCAUCAUACUCUGUUGUCAAGUCCAUGAGACUAUGCUACAUCAUGCACUCAUAUAUAAUAUUUUUAUGUAAAGAGUUCUUGUGGUACGGUAUCGACCUUAUUUAUUUUCAAAUUUUACACUUGAAGAAGUUGUUUCAUUCACAAUGUAAAUUUUUGAUGCUAUUAUCUUGAAUCAUAUUUUGUCAACAAGGAAUUGCCAAAGCUCUUCAGAGGUUGGGCUCCAAGUUCCAACAGAUUGCUAUGCUCCUCAGCUUGGGUCAUAAGCAAGAGUUUGUUUUAGGAAAAGAUCUUAAGAACUAAAGAAGUUUGUCAUGUAAUCCGGCAACGGCGCGGCUAUAAUGAGGGGGAUUUUGUGCGGGGUUUAUUUGAGGGGGCUACCUUGCUGGCCAUUAGUUUUGGGAGGUAACAAAAGAUGGGUUCGGUUAAGGGCUGGUGCUCCUGUCAUCUGGUCAUCGGCUCCAUGUUAAGCCAAUAGAUUUUGCUCAACAUGGAUCCUCCACAUUGAUACCCUCCAAAGAGAGAAGGCUACAACAACUACACCUAAACCUCCAAAGAAAGAAAGGCUUCUCGUUCCUCCAAUAAAUUGGGCAACCAAGUAACAAUUAUUAAGAAUUGGGUGUGCACUGAUCUUAACUUGUGAAACCCAGUUGGGGAUUUGGAGUGAGAAGCGUUUGAAUA